CAAUUUUUUCUGGUCUUCCAGUCUACAAUUGAGCAGCAGAAGUUGCAUGGAUGUGGUAAUUUGAAGUCACCUCGUAGGCCUACAAACAUUCAUAAUCACAGAACAGGUCCCAAGCACAGCCUAAAUGGCGUGCCUCCAUUUCCCGUACCCUUUCCCUAUCAUCAACCAACUAUCACACCAGUUUUUCAUACUAUGGUUCCGAUGCCACACAUGUCUGUCCCAGGAUAUGCAUAUCAGUUUCACCCUGGACCAUUUGUGAGACCUGAAGCUCAAUUGGUAAAAUCCAAUAGCAACACUACAGUACAAGGCUUUACUCCACCAGUAAAUAGGGGUUUCAAGUCGUCGUCACGCUCUGAUUCCUGGGACCAUGAUGCCAAGACUGGUGUAAGGAGACCUAGUGUGCAAGAUCAAGGUGGCCAGUUGAAUCCUUGGCAUAAUCAGCGACCAGUUGUUUCUAAUAACAACUUUCAUUUGCAGCAAACCAUGGGGCCUAGGCCUUUCCCAAAGCCUCCAUUUGUUGAUCAAGCAGGCUUUGUUGAUGGAUCAAAUUUCCCAGGUCCUCCAGGAGCUCUAUAUUAUUUCCCUGCUGCUCAUCCAGGCCCUGUUAGAGUACCUUAUCCACCAUUUGUUGUUCAAUAUCCUUUCAACCCUGGAGUGCUCAUGCCACCCUCACCAAUGUUAGCCUUGAAAGCUAACAUCGUAAAGCAAAUUGAAUAUUAUUUCAGUGACGAGAAUUUGCAGAAUGAUCACUACUUGAUUUCCUUGAUGGAUGACCAAGGUUGGGUUCCAAUUUCAAUUAUUGCUGGCUUUAAAAGGGUUAAAAGUAUGAGCACAGAUAUACCAUUUAUUCUGGAUGCAUUGCAUGCUUCGAGUACUGUUGAAGUGGAGGGUGAGAGGCUGAGGAGACGCGAUGAGUGGUCAAAGUGGAUUCCAUCUGUUACUGAUAAAUCUUCUUCUCUAGUUCCAAAAGCUCUGAAGAAUGAUGAGCUCAAUGAUUAUAAAAUGGACAGCUCUGAAAGAACAAAUGAAUUUUCUUUUCCAACUGGAAGUUCUGUCGAUCACCUACCAUCAGGUGAAGAUUCGAAAAACAAGUCAGUUAAUGAUACAGAUCAAAACAAAGAUAAGGUCCUAUUUGGUGGUAAAACCCAAGCAUCUGCUUUAGGAGAUUGUAAUUCAUGCGUGGGAAAUGAUUUUGAGUCAAAUAAUAGACAUAAUGGCCUUGACCUUAAUAAAAGUUCGAGUUUCCCAUCCACUUCUCAAGGAGCUGAUUCUGUGAAGUUGAGCAUUGUUGGAGGCUCUGAAAAUAGAAAGACACAAAUGCAUUCAAAUCUUGUUGUGCAGAAUCUGAAUGACUUAUCUGUGCAGAAUCUGAAUGACUUAUCUAAUGAUUUUUCAAGUACUUUCAUGCUUGAUGAAGAACUGGAAAUGGAGCAGAAAAUAGUAACGAAGGAUCAUCCUUCUACUGGAGAAAGAGUUGAUGAUGAAGAUGAUGAGAUCAUUGUCAAUGAUCAAGCUGUGGAGAGGCUAGUCAUUGUUACCCAGAAUAGUUGGAUGAGUGAAAUUCAAGGGCAAGAAUCAAAAAGAAUAUCCACUGAGCUCGCUUCUGCUAUAAAUGACGGUCUAUACUUUUAUGAGCAGGAGCUGAAGUCAAAACGAUCUCAUCAUAGGAGUUGCAAGCCCAAUAAUGAAAGCAGGGACGAGAUAUCCAAAUAUUCUGUUGCAGGUGCUGCUCAAUCAAAUUCAAGGAAUCCUGAACCUUCUUCUUGUGGCCAUGAGGAGACUGGAAAUUUGAAUUCUCGAAGGAAGCAAAAUAAAGUCAGUUCCAAGCAGCAAUACAUUCAUAAGCAGCGACUAUUCUCUGGAAACUUUAAAGGUCAUAGAAGUGUCAAAAACUCUCUCGGCAUGACGACUGAAAGUCCACCCAGUGAUUUAGUUGGUUUUUUCUUUGGCUCUACUCCUCCGGAUAGUCAUGGGCCAAGGCCUUCAAAGUUGAGUGCUUCACCUCACAGCAAUCUUCCUGGAAGUAGUCCGCCUGUUGGAUCAAUGCCAAAGCCAUUUCCUCCAUUUCAGCAUCCAAGUCAUAAGCUUCUAGAAGAAAAUGGUUUCAAACAACAGCUGUAUAAGAAGUAUCACAAGCGGUGCCUUAGUGAACGAAAAAGGUUGGGUGUUGGUUGUAGUGAGGAGAUGAAUACACUCUACCGAUUUUGGUCUUAUUUCUUAAGGAACAUAUUUAUUCCUUCCAUGUAUAACGAGUUUCGGACUCUGGCUCUUGAAGAUGCUGCUGCUAAUUAUAAUUAUGGGAUAGAGUGUCUAUUCAGGUUCUAUAGUUAUGGUUUGGAGAAGGUAUUCAAAGAGGAUUUGUAUGAGGACUUUGAACAGCUGACACUUGACUUCUACAAUAAAGGAAACAUUUAUGGCCUCGAAAAGUACUGGGCAUUUCACCAUUACCGGGAGGCACGUGACCAUAAAGAACCGUUAAAGAAACACCCAGAAUUGGACAGACUGCUCAGAGAAGACUAUCGUAAUUUGAAUGACUUCAAAGUUAAAAACCCUCCUAUGAAAGAAGAUAGUCACUAGCCUCAAGGCUUUAUGCUGCAAAAUUACAUCCAAAAACUGACAAAAUCGCAAUUUUGGGAAGAGAAAUGUGACGGGUUGUAGAACAAGCUGAAUUUGAUGUGCCAUUUGUGUGAGAAAUCGAAUGACUUUGUAUAUAGUAUGUUGACAGGUAUUAGAAUUUUGGUUCAGGAGAGUCAAGGGCUCUCUAGGAGUUUUUGGAGUUCUCCAACGACUUGGAGGCAAUUUUGGUUUUUGUCGGAUGUAUAACUUGUAUAUAAAGGAAAAUAUGGAGAAAAAAAAAAAAAAGGUUGAAAAAGAGAAAAAAAAUAAAAAAUGUAUAAACUUGAAAUUUAUAGAGAUUAAACAAUAAGUUUUUGAAAAGUACCUUGGUUCGUCUUGUUGGAGUAGAUUAUGGUAGUGUUAUGUGAAUGUCUCGAUUGUUAGCAGGAAAUUUCUUUGAGAAUAAGCAGUCAUGGAUAUAUAAAUCUGACUAUAAAAUAUAAAUAACUAUGCCAGGUUUACAAAAUGUAUUGAAGGAAAAUGACUU